AUGAACAUGUUCUGCUGCACAGAGCCUGACAAGCGGGAGGAACUCCAGCUCGAGCUGGACCCGCACAGUGAGUUCCAUAAAGGGGAAACGCCGGCCCACAGAGCCGCCGAGCACGGCCAUGUGGAAGCUUUGCAGCUGCUGCGGGAGGCUAGGGCCGAUCUGGCGGCCAAGGACGAGGAGGGCGUCACCCCGGCCUUGCUCGCCGCUCUGAACAACCAUGCCGAUGUGCUGCGCCUGCUGCAGGAGGCUGGCGUGGAUCUUGGCGCAGCAAAGAAGGACGGCAGAACGCCCGCCCACGCGGCUGCUCGGAAGGGACACCUCCAGGCCCUGCGGCUUCUCUCGGAGGCCCGGGCAGACCUGGGCUGCGCGUCCCAUGAUGGGACGACGCCGGCCCAGCUGGCCGCCCAGGGCGGCCAUGGAGAAGCUUUGCAGCUGCUGCGGGAGGCUCGGGCAGACCUGGGCCGCGCGUCCCAUGACGGGACGACACCCGCCCACAUGGCCGCCGAGCACGGCCAUGCGCAAGCUUUGCAGCUGCUGCGGGAGGCUAAAGCGGAUCUGGCGGCCGCGGACAAGGAGGGCGUCACCCCAGCCAUCCUCGCUGCUGCGAAUGGCAGUGCCGACGUGCUGCGCCUGCUGCAGGAGGCCAUGGCAUGCAGGAUAUUGCGGUCUAUCAGAUGA